UGCGCGAACACUUGCAGCUGCCCCCGCCGUCGCCUCCUCCCCCUGCCUGCACUCUGCCUCGCUCUCCCCACCCUCUCCCAUCAGACGCGUAAACCGGUCUAGGCUCUCUCCCCACCCCCCGGCUCGCGCCCCGCCAUGGCCGCAGCAAACGACCGCGUCCUCGUCGCGUCGCAGCUCUCGUCGCUCUUCGCAGCCACCCAGCCCGUCCCCGUCCCCUCCACCCGCCGCGACCUCACCGACGCUUACGGAAAGACCCCCGCAAACUGUCCCCCGGAGCACGCCACCCAUGUCGCGCUCGCCACCCCGCAGGACACCGGCCCCGUCCUCCUCCGUCUCACCCACGGCCGUCGCGUCCUCGAAGUGGUUUGUCUCCACUCCGACAUGCCUCCGCUCAGAUUCGACUUCCCUGCCCCCAUCUUGCCCUACCCUUCCGUCACGCACGCCUUCGGGUGCAUCUUUCUCAUUGCCGUAACAUCCUCAGCGUCCCUCUACCACAUCGCCCUCCCGAUCCGUGACCGCAACCCGUCAUGGCAACCCCAGGCCACAAACCUGUGGUGCCGCGAAUACGAAAUCCAGGCCAUGCCCCGCGACACCGAAGCCCUUGUCCAUGUGCAUGACAUCCAUUGUACUGUUAUCGCCCUACCAGACGGAUCUUUGCUUCGUGUCGAAAGUAAUCUGAUUGGGCGAGCCCCCUCAAAAGCGGAUGACUGGACUGAAACGAGACAGACGGCCAGUCGCACGCUGGCCGGGCUCUCGUUCUUGCUACCAGCCAAGGGCUUCGGCGCCUCAGAAAGCAGCCAAUUUGUGGCCUUGUGGACGCUCUCCAGAGACAGGACACUUCGUGUCUGGACCCCUACCGGCGGCGUUAGCUACCAGACGACAUUACCAGCGGUUCCUCCUGGCAAAUUCGUCACGGCUGAUACAGGAUCGACCCAGGCCUCGACCAAACCCUCUGUAUUACUCCCGCCCGACCCUCAAAAGCUGAUCCGCGCGUUUUCAGAACCCAGCGCCAGCACGCAUUGCGUUCUAGUGUUCAUUCCAACAGAGUCUUCGGCUUCGUCUGGAGGAUUCUUCCAGCUCUUCCGCAGCGCUGGUACUGCCCUGAAGCUCGUAGCUACCUUCGAAGCCCCGAAAAACACGGGGCAUGCCCAUCUCACAGAUUUCAUCGUCGAAGGCACGACGCUGUACGCACUGUGGGACAAAGAAGGCCAGUCGAUGCUCCAAGAGAUCGAGCUCGCCUUCGAUGAAUCAAGCAUGGCAGGGCAGCAGUGGCAAACUGCGAACUACCACUCAGAGGCCGAACUCACGCCGGCGUAUCUCGAUGAAUUGCUCUUGGCCUCUGGGUCCCUGACCGACAAGUUCUUCGAAGCGAUCAUGCGGCCCGGCGUGUUCUCACCAUUGACGUUACAGAUCGCCAUCGACCAGUACACCGACGCGUGUCGUUCAUUACCGGGGCCGGCUCCUCCCCAGCUGCUAGCCGCAUACACGAACGUGGCGGAGCAGAUUGCUGCGGUUGUGGGUUGCACGGUCAGAGUCACACGAGAUCCCCAUACCGGGGCCCCGCAGCACACGAAGUACUGGAACGCCCUCAAGCGGGACUGGGAAGGCUUCAUAGCACGGUGCCGCGAGGUCGAAAGGAGUGCACGUUGGCCGCUCGCCCUUGGACUGGGCGGUGCAAAAGAUGGCCUGCUCGUAAUCGAACGGGAGCGCGUGGCCGCCCUUGUCCCAGGCGAUUUCGCGUUGCAGCUUCACAAGGACCUCGAAGGGGAGUCCGAAAUUAACAGCCAGUACGAACUACUCGAUCUCAUUUGGAAAUUGCGGGAGAAGCUGGGACCUCGUACGAUGCGCAAGCUGGAGGACCAGCUCGUCAUGAUGCUGCAACAGGAGCUGUCGUUCUCGUCCGCAGACGUGGUAAGCGAUUCCGCCGACAGGAUGCACUACCGGGAUUACGUGGACGAAGGCCUGGAGAAUUGGGUGACUAUGCGCCUGUCUGCAAUCGAGAAUUUCGACGCAGGCAUCCGUGCUGUUAUGGACUCAAUCGGCGGAUACGACCAGACGAUCGUGAAGCCCGAACAGACAGAACCAGACCUGGCGGACCCCGAACAUCCAGGCUCAGCGAUGUCGGCGUGGCGGAGGGCACUGAUCGCGUCCUACGUUACGGCCAGUGUUCAAGCCCGAUAUGAAUUGGCACUGUCGCUCGCUGGCCUACUCUACUAUGUUGCGGGCGAUCUGCACAACUGGGAUCCGACCUUGCUUGGCGAAAUACUGGUCGUUUUCAGAGGCGCAGCGAUGUUACGUGACAUCGUCUCUCCGUCUCUUCUAGCGGACGGAGCGGGCAAUGAUGACGAUGUGGUGUCGAGAAUGCGCAAUAUGCAUGUCUCGGCGCGCCGCUUUGGCUUCAAACCGACGUACUCGCUCGACAACGGUUCGAUAUACGAGCUACCUCAGGCCGCUCAUGUCUUCCUUGACAACACGGGACUGCUGCAGUCCCUGGAGGUGCGAAUCUGUGAGAACCUGCGGGUCCUUGGAUAUCAUGAGGUCGCCAGGGAAAUGCUAGCUUGGCUCCCGAGGACACCUGGGGUCACCUACGUGCAGGGGCGCCUUUGGCUCGAAGAAGGCCGCCUCGAUGACGCUGCGACUAUCAUGGAGGCCUUGGCGGGCAGCUUUGCCCUUGGGUCUGAAUUCGAUUAUUAUCUUCACGCCGCCGGACUCUUCAAAACUGCGUCGGAUACCCUGCACGAAGUCUCCUUCACGCAGCUGGCGAUCUCAGUCGCGCCGCCUGGAACGGACGCCGCGUCCUUGUGGCACGGAGUCAUUCGGGGCCUCACGGACUUGGGGCUAUAUGAGGAUGCGUACGCCUCGCUUGUCUCUACCCCCUAUGAGAAGCUGAAACGGGAGUGCAUCAGUCAGCUCAUUUAUCGGAUGUGUGAAGAGGAUGCUGUGAAGCGGCUAAUGUCGUUCAAUUUCGCUGGUCUGGCGGAUGAGGUGGAGGAUGCGCUGGCGUUCAAGGUCCGGAAUGCUGACCCGCGGAUCCGGCCGUUCUAUUCCCGCAUCCUCUACACAUGGUACGUGUCGAGAGGCGACUAUCGGAACGCUGCACUUACUAUGUACCAGCGGGCCCGGAAGCUAGGCGCUCUGAUCGGGGACCUGUCAGACUUCGACGGCCUCACUGAGCUGCAGCUUGAAGCUUAUGUUGUCUGCAUGAAUGCUCUCGCCCUAAUCGAUCAGAAGAACGCAUGGAUUGUCCUUCCUGUGACGAGAGAAACCGAACAUGAGCCGCGCAAGCGACGGAAACUGUCGAGGCAUAUACCGGAGAGCCGGUACUCCCCUGGCAAACGAGACGCUGAGAUCGUGCAUCUGUCGGAUAUGCAGUACGAGUAUACUCUGCUGUCCGCUCGUCUAGAGUUGAUCCGAAGGGACCCCACGUUGUUGUCUGCCGGAGGAUUGACACUGUCUCCGCCGUCCAUUAUCAUGAGAUUGGCCCAGAACAACCGGUUCAGCGAAGACAUGACCGACCUAUUCGGACAGCUGACUCGACAAUGCCUGCGGCUCUCCCGCAACCCAGAUGCUGUGGUUGCAGAGGACACUUCUGACUGGCUACUGACCGAUAAAGUUUCCUCGUGGCCAGGUACCCCUGCCGAUCGGGGCUGGCGGUAUCUGCGCCAGGCGUUGGAGCGUCAUGACGGACCAGAGACAGACUUCAGGUACAGUAAGGUAACGUUGGAGACCAUACUGGAGUACGAUAGGUCAUCGCCACCGCCUCCUUGGCUGGUUCACACACUCGAGACUCAGCACCCCGAGUACUUGAUCAGGACGUGCCUUCGGUAUGACAACCUCGACUCUGCCCUGGAUCAUGUUCUGGCUCUCAUGCGAAGGAGCGACGCGCGGCUGGCCGAGGAGCAGCCGAAGACAUCUGCUGCAACAUGGCUGCCGUAUACCCUCAUUGACCAGGUCCUCCUCGCUGCAGACUCUCAAGAAGACCUGUCUGCUCGCGGAAAACUCCUGCAGAAGCAGCUGCGCAGCGAAAUAACCAAUCGUAUCAUGAGGGUCCAAAAGUUCUCGCAAGCCGCGAGAUGAUCGGUAGAAGGACAGAUACCGUGGAUACAGUACGUUAAUCAGUUUUCCCUCGGUGCUGCAACGGAACGUGUACAGGCUUCGUACUUCCUCAAAACCCACGCUAUUGUAGCAGUAACAUACCGCGAUCUUGUAUUUUCUUUUAGCUCUACCUACGAACGCUCUGAAUCAAUGCUGUCGAGGCGUCGCCGCAUCACCCGCGCACG